AUGUCGUCGAUGCGAGGGCUGGUGCAGUUCAUUGCGGAUCUGCGGAAUGCUCGUGCGAGAGAACUCGAGGAAAAGCGCGUGAAUAAAGAGCUUGCCAAUAUUCGGCAGAAGUUCAAGGCCGGUAAUCUCAAUGGAUACCAGAAGAAGAAGUACGUCUGCAAGUUGCUGUAUGUUUACAUUCAGGGCUACGAUGUGGACUUUGGGCAUCUUGAGGCUGUUAAUUUGAUAUCCUCGCCGAAGUACUCGGAGAAGCAGAUUGGGUAUUUGGCUGUUACGCUAUUCUUGCAUGAGGAGCAUGAACUGCUUCAUUUGGUUGUCAACAGUAUUCGGAAGGAUCUUCUUGACCAUCAUGAAUUGAAUAACUGUUUGGCGCUGCAUGCUGUUGCCAAUGUUGGCGGGAGAGAGCUUGGAGAAGCGCUGGGCUCGGAGGUUCACAGGCUGCUUAUUUCACCUACCUCCAAAGCUUUCGUCAAGAAGAAGGCUGCCCUGACGCUGCUCCGGUUGUACCGCAAAUACCCCGGCAUCGUUCGAAAUGAAUGGGCCGAAAGAAUCAUAUCAAUCAUGGAUGACCCCGACAUGGGAGUCGCUCUUUCUGUCACUUCUUUGGUCAUGGCGCUAGCUCGGGACUUGCCGGAGGAAUACAAAGGCUGUUAUGUCAAGGCUGCACAGCGAUUAAAGCGGAUCGUAAUUGAUAACGACAUCGCCCCAGACUACCUCUACUAUCGUGUGCCAUGUCCGUGGAUUCAGGUCAAGUUCCUGCGCCUGUUGCAAUACUACCCACCUUCAGAAGACAGCCAUGUCCGCGAUAUCAUUCGAGAGUCUCUCUCCCAAAUCAUGCAAUCAGCAAUGGAAUCACCCAAGAACGUGCAGCAGAAUAAUGCGCAGAACGCCGUACUCUUCGAAGCCAUCAACCUCCUCAUCCAUCUCGACUCUGAGCACACUCUCAUGAUGCAAAUCUCCACCCGUCUCGGCAAAUACAUCCAGUCCCGUGAAACUAACGUUCGAUACCUCGGUCUGGAUGCCUUGACCCAUUUCGCCGCGCGGGCUGAAACCCUCGACCCAAUCAAAAAGCACCAGAACAUUAUCCUGGGCUCACUUCGAGACCGCGACAUCAGUGUUCGUCGUAAAGGAUUGGACCUGUUAUACAGCAUGUGUGAUACAAGCAAUGCUGGACCCAUUGUCAACGAGCUUCUGCGUUACCUGCAGACAGCCGAUUAUAACAUUCGAGAGGAGGUGGUCCUCAAGAUCGCCAUUCUUACAGAGAAAUACGCUGCCGAUGCACAAUGGUACAUCGACAUGACAUUGAAACUUCUCUCGCUGGCAGGCGAGCAUGUCAACGACGAAGUAUGGCAACGAGUCAUUCAAAUCGUAACCAACAACGAAGAACUACAGGCCUAUGCCGCACACACCCUUCUGGGCUACGUGCGGUCCGAUUGCCAUGAAAGUUUGGUGAAAAUCGGCUGCUACGUCCUGGGCGAAUUCGGCCAUCUCAUCGCCGAAAACGCAGGCUCUAGUCCCAUUGAGCAAUUCAUGGCCCUACAGGGUAAGAUGUUCUCCAGCUCUGACAACACGCGAGCUAUGAUCCUCUCAUCGUUUGUCAAAUUUGUGAAUUUGUUCCCCGAAAUCAAACCCCAGCUCUUGCAAAUAUUCCGCCUGUACAGCCAUUCCCCCGAUUCCGAACUGCAACAACGAGCGUUUGAGUACCUGUCGCUGGCGACGCUCCCGACCGACGAUCUGCUCCGGACUGUCUGCGAUGAGAUGCCGCCGUUCUCAGAGCGAGCCUCCAUUCUCCUCUCUCGCCUGCACCAGAAGACAGCCGGUGCCAGUGAAAAGAAGACCUGGGUCGUCGGUGGCAAGGACGCAAACGCCGAUAAGCAGGAAAUGCUCCUGGCGCAGAACACUGGUCUCAAGCGCACCUUCACGACGAUCGUGCAUGGCACACGGACUGGGUCCAACGGCACACCAACCAGUCCAGGCGGCGCAACCAGUGCAUCGGGCGACCUAGCGGGCCUGGACCUCAGCGGCCCAUCAGCCCCGGCCCCUAACAUGGCCAGUGCCGCCCAUCUAACCCCAGAAUGGGACAUUGGCUACAAUCGUCUCUUCUUCUCCCGCGAAGGCGUUCUCUUCGAGGACGCACAAAUCCAAGUCGGAUUGCGCUCAGAGUACCGCGGUCCCAUGGGUGUAUUGAAGCUCUACAUCUCCAACAAAUCAACCUACCCCAUCGGAUCUCUCACCACCACCAUUGACAACCCCGCCUCUCCGAACUUGAAAAUCGACACAAAGAGCCUGCCUGAGCCAACAGUCGCUGCUGCCGGACAAACACAGCAGACCCUCUUCUGCACCGCCCACGGUCCCUUCACGGACGCCCCGACUAUCCGUAUUUCAUAUCUGGCCGGUGCGCUCCAAGCCUACACACUCCAGCUGCCUGUGCUGAUGCAUCGGUACAUGAAAUCAUCAAUGUUGUCAGCCGAGGAGUUCUUCAAGCGCUGGCGCCAGAUUGGCGGUGCUCCGCUCGAGGAGCAGAAGACCUUUGGAUUAUUGGGUAAGAACAAGACCGUCAAUGAAGGAUUUACCCGGAAGGUUGUCGAGGGCUUUGGCUUUAAAAUCUUGGAUGGCAUCGACCCGAACGCGCAGAAUAUUGUUGGUUGUGGUGUGUACCAGUUUGAGGGUGGUAAGACGGGCUGUUUGCUAAGGCUGGAGCCUAAUUACGAGAAGAUGAUGUACCGCGUCACUAUUCGUGCCACACAGGAAAAUGUCCCGCAGUCAUUGGUUAGACAGAUGGAGCAAAGACUGGCGCAGGGGAUGAAGGGGGAGGAGGUUUGA